GAUUGGUUUUUUUUUCCGCCUGUUUCUAACAAUUAUUCGAAUUAGAGAAGAAACCGAAUAAAAUAAGAUGGCUACUAUACAAUACGGUGGCGGACCGACUUUAGAACAGAGAAGAUCCUUCGCUGGAUUGAAGGACGGAACGCAAUUGCCUGGGUAAAGUGUUUGUCUUUUCUUAUUGGCCGUUUGUGGUUAGAAUUGUACAAACAUUAGAAAACGGUUGAAGAAUGUUUGUCAUAAGUAAUUAGCGUGUUUAUUCUUCUUUUUAUCCUUUAGGUAUCGGGGUUUUAUUCCACAGUUAAAAUAUAGGAAUGGAAAAACUUAUGGACAAGACACUCACGAAUUGCUUACGAAUAAAGAUGCUAGACCGGAAUUGGAACCAAUUCCGCCAAGACACCUACGUCUGCCUAAACCUUCGGGAGACAACAAAUUAACCGAAGAAAUGAUUCCCGGCUAUACGGGAUAUAUUCCGAGGAAGCCUUUUAAAUUUGGCGAUACUUAUAAAGUCGACUGCGACUAUUGUAUCGAUGAGCACUUAAGAAAUUAUGAGAAAACUAGUAAUGACGCUCAUUCUUUGAGAAUGAGUUCCAGCUGCAGGCCUGUUCUACAGGCAAAAGCUUUUGACCCCGAGGUCAGGGACCAUUUGAACACUUAUCGUGAUACUCACCCAAGGCGUCCAGUAAUGGCUGAGGAUAAGAGGUUACCGACAGAACCUCCAGUACCUGGAUAUUUGGGAUUUGUGCCUAGAAUCGAUGUUACAGAAUUGGGACUUGGUGCAAGAUAUAAUCGUACUACGAAACUAGGACUGGAAAAUUUUUACGGAGAGACAGAAAGAGCAGCAUUAAGCCGAUCAACGCCUGUUAGUUUGUACAAAGCUGCUCCCGUACCAGCAGCAGGUCCAGGAGCCAUGUACUCUAAGAGGAUCUUUGUACAGCCUGGAAUGAUACCUAAGUAUACAGGCCACUGUCACCAGAGAAGAUAUCAUUUUGGUAAUACUUACGGUGACACUACACGUUCGUUAGAAGUUUGUCAACACGAUCAAACUUGUUACGGAGAUCAUAUGAAAACUAAGCUACUAACAGCAACUCCAUCAGUUGAUACCGUAGCAUAAAAAUUCAACAGAAUUAACAAAUAAGAAAGAAAAAUAAAGAAAAAUGAGAAAGAAAUAUAGAAGAACAAUAUAAAUGUGAUGAAUGAAAAAUUUAUAUUUUACAGAGUAUUAUUAUACGUAUGCCAAAUGGAAGAUUGUUUUUUCUUUUAAUAGAAAAGCCUUUUAAUGGGAAUGAGUAUUAUUUUUAAAGAUAUCAAGAAUUUUUCAUUUUCUUUUCUAUUUAAAGAAAUAUCUACUAACAAUAAUUAUUGAAUGCUCAAUACAUGAACGCAUUUUUUUGAACAAAAAAUUACUAAAACAUUACUAAGCAGCAUUAAACAUUCUUCGUAUUAUCAUAUUUUUUAUCAUCUUUUAUUUAUUUCUCAUUCUCUCCCCAUUCUCUUUCUCCCUCUCCCUCUCCCUCUCUCUCUCUCUCUCUUCCUAAUAAAUUAUACUAAAACUUGAGUAUAUUUUUUUAAUACCAUUUAUUCGUUUAUUAGUCAUUGUAACAUGUAUUACUCAUAGCUAUAGAAACUAAAUUUUUAAUUUAAUCUACCUUCUAAAUACGGAAUUAAUCAAUAGAGAAGUUAAAAAGAUAAAAAAAGGAAAUACAAAAUCGAAUAUUAAAAAAAAAGGUCACAAUUGAUUCAAAAAAAAAUAUUACUAAUAUAAUAAAUAAGAAAUUUUAAAUAGGAUCGAAUCAUUAGAACGAAAUCCAUUUCCGAUUCAUAUAAUCCUUCUUAUAGGUAGGUCUUGUGACUAGAAUAAUAGAAAGAAGUUUAACCACUCUCUCUCUGUCUGUCUGUCUCUCUCUCUCUCUUUUCUUUCUUUCUCUC